AUGUUUAAACAUCGAAUCAUGAGUACUGAAAAGUUCAGAAUUGAGUUAAGAGAUGCCAAAACCUUAAGUCUAUUAUAAGUAAGAGAAUUAGAUUUCAUUAAAUAAUCAGGAAGUGCGCAAAUUAACGAAGAUGAAAAAUAUAUUGCUAUUUUCUCCCGCUAUUAAGUUUAAAUCUACCAAUUAGAUAACUUGUUUGAUUAGUCUGAACCAUUGGCUGUAUUACAAUCAAAAUCCAUAAUCGAGAGUAUAAACUAAGUCUUCAUCUUCGAUGAGUUAAAUAUUAUUCUUAGUUACGAAUCUUAAAAUAAUGAAAAUUUUGGGCUUUUGUCUCUUAACUUUGAUAUUUCAUUAGAUAAUAUAGAAGAAUCUUAGAUUAUUGAUCUAGAUAAUUUCUUUUAAGAUUUGGAAAGUGAUAUCUAAGGUAAUAUGAAUUAGCUUUGUAUUUCUGCAUCAUAUGAUGAGAAAUUCAAGAAUAUUACUUGCAAAAGUUUAAUUUACUUAAAUAUGUUCAAAUAGGAGGAGCUAAUAGUUAUAAGUAUUUAAAACGAAUGUAAAACAUAUCUUUUAAACUUGAAUAAUUUCAAAGUUAUCUAGGAACUAAGUACAAUAGUUAAAUUUUCUUAAGACUUUGAAAAAUUUGGAGUAGAUAAGGAAUUUAACCUAUACUUGAUAAAUGAAAGUAGUGAAAUUGUCCAAGUUUAUAAGUUGGAUCAACCUAAAAAUAUUGAUGAAUUAACAGAAAUUAGCAGUAUCAACUUUAUAUCAACUAAAAAUUCUUAUUUGAUCUACUAUGAUUCACUCCAAGGGAGUAAUUUAUUAGUUUACGACAAAUUCGACUUCUCAAAGAUAAAUGAAUAUGAAUUUUAAACCCAGAUUAAAAGUCUCAUAUUUCCGAAAGAUUCCAAGUUUAUCUAUGGCUUUACUGUUUAUGAUACAAUGAAUAUUCAAAGAAUCUAUUAUUACGUUAAUAUCCCAUCAAAUUAAUAGCCAUUUUACUUAAAAGAAAGCGAUUAGCUUCAGUAUUUAGCAAACAAAAGAUACAUAUUUCAAUACUAAGAUGAUAGUAUUCAGCUAUUUGACUUGAGAUAAAAUGAUUUCGUUGGUUAAGUUAAGUUUGAGAAUAUAGACAAGAAAUCAAAGAUAAUUUAUCUAUUAGAAAACAAGCUUUUAAUUCAAAAUAUGGAUUAGAUCUAUUUACUAGACUUAGAUGACGAUAAGAAUUCCAAUAUGAUAGAAUUAAACAAAGAAAUAAUAAAGCAAUUAAUAAUUUAAAGUUAAUCAAUCCAACAAGUAAGCAUUUUAGUUUAAACUGAGUCAGGCAAGUUCAUUUUGAUAGUUAUAAAUCUUGACACCAACUCUGAAAUUUAUAAUGAGGUGAUUUUGACAGUUGAUACUGACAAUCAAAAUCAAAAUUGUUGCUUUUUGAAAAACUUACACAGUGAAAGGUAUUACAUUUUUAUAAUAAAGUCAGAUUAUGUUUUCUCUAUUGUCGAUUAUGAACAAGAAGAGUCUCAAGAUUUUACAUCAGAGGAUUCUCUUUUACCAAUUAACCUAGUUAAUGCUGUGCUAGACAAAAAGUAAAAUAUCAUCUGGCUUAUUUAGAAAAAUAAAAUCUAAGCUUUUGAUAUGAAUAAAAGAAUAUUUUUGCAAGCAUUAAGUAUUUCAAACUUUGAUAGGAUAGAAAAUGUGCAAAUUUAUGAUAGUCUCAUCAUUAUUUAAAGUUCAAGUAUUCAAGAUUCUGAUUCUUUCUACUAAAAUAUAUAUGUUAUUCAGAAUAAAAGAUUCGGAAAGCACAUUUAAUUAAAGAAUAAGUUUUAAAACAAGCCUACCAUCUAUGAAAGUUCUUAAAUUGAUCAAGUCAAUUUGGGUAAUAUGGUCAAUAUACAAACAUUGAACCCAAAUCUAAGGGAUUAAUAGCAUAAUAUUUUCUACUAGGUAUCAGGAUUAAGAAGCCUUAUAAGUGAGGAUAACCUAUUCAAACCCAUAGCUAUGGCUUUAUACUUUGAAAUGAGCUAUAAAGUUAAUAUAUCUGAAAAUGGUAUCUAUUUUUACUGCGUAGGUGAAGAUAAAUGUGCUGGUUACCUAGAUCCUUAAUUUACAGAUAUAGAAUUACAUAAAAUGAGUGAUUUAAAACUCUUAAACAAUGAUGAGAUAAUAGAAGAACUUAAAGAUCUAAAGUCAUAUUUAAAGUUUUAUCCAGGAAUUGGAAAUUGUAUUUCAGUUUUCGCUAAUAAACCAAUCAUAUUAGAGAUUAUAUAAAAACAAAUUUCAAUUUUUGAAGCCAAAAAUAUCCCUAUUCUUAUUUUGCCUAAUAAAUAUCAGGGCAAAAUUGCACUUGAUGUGGCAAUUUAGCAGAGUCAGCACAAAAGUAUCGCAAUAAUUUUAGACUUAUUAAUCAAGUAUCAAGACCAUGUUAUGUUUAACGAAAUAGUAGAUAAGCAUCUUUGUAAAUUGAUUAAUUUAAGAGUGGAUUUAACAGAUUAUCUGCAAAGUAAUAUGAUUGUUUACUCAAUUAUUGAUGAUGGGUUUCCACAAGUCUCUUAAAAUGAUUAAGAGUUGAUUGUUGGAGUAUAGCUAGAUCAUUUAAAGGACAUUCACAAUAAAAGUUUUUCAGAGCUAAUUUAAAGUUAACUUGAAAAUAAUACAUCUGGCCAAAUAUUGUCUAUUGAGUACCUGCUGCUAAACUUGUAAAAGACUUUGUCAUAAAAUCCUAAAAACCUAAUGAUAAGUUUAAGCAAGAGUGAUGCAAAUGAAUACUUUGAAAAUACAGUAAUUUAAACUAUCAUUAACUUUAAAUGGUAAACAUACUCAAAAGGCUAUUAUGAGUUCAAAUUCUAUAUAUUCAUGGAAUUUGUCUUAUUUUUUAUCUUUGAAAUAUUUUACUCUAACUACUAUGGGAAAACCUAAAUGCAAUUUAAGAAAGAUUCAAGAGAUUUUAACUACAUAGCUAUUAUUAAGAUAAAUAAUUCCUUAGUGCUACUCUAUUUCCUUUUUGAUGAGCUUAGACAGGCAAUUAAAUAAAGUGGCUAUUUUAAAGAUAUUUGGAAUUUAUUUGAUAUUAGUCUCAUCCUAUCUUACAUUCUUUUAAACUAUGUAGAGUUCUAUUAAGAUAUAACUGAUUUCAUUUUGAUUAUGCAGAUCCUUGUUGUAAUAUUUGCCUCUAUGAAACUUUUGUUUUUCCUAAGAAUUUAUGAUGGCUUCAGCUUCUUGGUUUCUAUGAUAGGAGGGGUAUUUAAAGAUCUAAAGUAUUUUAUUGGGUUUUUUAUGAUUUUUAUUGCUUAGUUUGGACUUAUAUUUACAAUAUUAUUUAGAGGAUCUCCUAUAUAAGAAUACGAAGGGAUAAGUUCAAUGGGUUACAUUGUGAUGGUGUUUAGAAUAGCAGCAGGAGAUUUUAAUGUUGAAAAUUAUAGAGAUCAACCAUAGUUUAUAGUUGAACUUACCUGGAUAAUUUGGUUAGUAGCAGUUAUGGUCUUAAAUGUUGUAUUCAUGAAUUUUAUAAUUGCAGUUAUAUCAGAGUCUUAUGAGAAGGUUAUGCAAAAAUCAGUAGCAGAGUCAUAUAGAAAUAAAGCAAAAUUAAUUGUAGAAAGAGAAGUAUUUUUUAGCAAAAAAAAUGAAAAAGAUCCAUAUUAUUUCCCGAAUUACAUUCUUUUAAGAAGACCAGUUAACACAUCUCAACUUGGAAAUAGUAAGAUAUUCUUAUUGUUAAAUUAUUAAAGAUGA